ACACAGCUUCGCUGACUUUAUAGUUGUUAACAAAUUUUAUAAGUGCUUUUCUACAGAAUACCUGCUAUAAGUUUGUUUACAAUGAAGGCUAAGAGUAUAUCGUCUCUCGUUGAAGGUGUAAUUGCAAAGAGAAAAAAUGCAAACGACCUGGUCUUGAUCAUUGAGAAUAUAACUGUGACAUCCAAAGCAUCUUUAGUCUUAGAAGCAAUUUCAGGUGCUCAUGAAAUAUUUGUGCAUUUAUUUGAAUCUGACAAUGUAAGUCUACAACCUGACAGUGAUAAAUGUGUGACAACCACAGAAAAAUAUAAAGCAUGGACAAAUGAACAAUAUCAUUCAUACUUUGAUUGCUUGUUGGCUUGCUUCGCACAUGGGGACCAAUCUGUCCGCAAAAGCGCUUUAGAAACUUGUGCAAAGAUUAUACAAUGUUAUGGGUACUACUGUUGUACUUCAGCUAUAAGGCUUAGUGUUCCAGAAGAACUUGUAAAAAAGGUCACAAAAUGUCUGUUGCUGCAGAACGAGUGUUUUGAUGAGCUGCUUCAACUUUUAAUUCGGGAGUUUUUUAAGUAUGGUGAUAUUAGAUACUUUGUAAUGAGAAGUUUAUCAACAAUUCUAUCUGAUGUUUACAAUGUUGAUGAUCAACAGAAAAAUAACUGCUUGGUUUUGUUGGAAAGCGUUACAUCACUGAUGCCUAAAGAAGACAGUGCUUGUUUAAAUUCCUACAUACUCGCAUAUGAAAGUAAACUGCAUCCUAUUUCAGAAGAAAUAAGGGACAAAUUUAUGACUGAGCCCCCAUUUCAAAUAUCACAACAUCGUAAACGCUUUGGUCAAAUGUGGCUUGAAUUUCUGAAGCUGCCACUCUCUGGUUCUCAUGUGAAAAGGGUUUUGGUUAUUUUACACGCAUCAUUGGUUCCUAACUUUUCCCAGCCACGAUUGUUAGCAGACUUUCUCAUCAACACAUACAACCGGGGUGGUGGGCUUUCAUUGCUAUCCCUGCAUGGUUUAUUUGUCCUCAUGCAUAAUUAUAACCUUGAUUAUCCUGACUUUUAUACGAACCUCUACACGUUGCUUCACCCAAGAAUAUUUUCUACCAAGUACAAAGCAAGAUUCUUUCAUCUGUUGGAUUUAUUUCUGUCAUCCACACAUAUACCAUCAUACAUGGUUGCUGCUUUUGUUAAGAAACUUUCCCGUCUCAGUCUUAUUGCUCCUCCACAUAGUAUAAAUACCAUGGUGAACAUGAUACUUAACUUGAUGAGAAGACACCCAAGCAUACGACAUAUGAUUCACUGCACUGACAAGGAGCAUGCAACCAUUACCACGGACCCAUAUAUUGAAAAUGAAAAGGACCCAGCACUUUGCAAAGCCGCUGAAAGUUCCCUGUGGGAGCUACACACCCUUAAACACCAUUACUGCCCAAAAAUUGCAAAACUUGCUUCGGCUAAAUCACUUGGUACAAAAGAAACCGACAUUCAUGAAAAUUUGGAGGAUAAUUACAAAGAUUUUUUUGAUGAAGUUGUAAAAAAAGAAUUUAAAGAAAUUCCUAUGAACUACACACAACCUAAUACUUUGUUCUUUGGUCAAGAAGAUGAGACAAUGAAUUUGUGGACAGGAAUUUAAUUAUUUCCUAACACAUUUAUUCAAUACUUUAUGUCAGCAAUCAUAUUAAUUAUCAUUAAUAAAAAAUAAUAUAAAUCAGUGCAUUACAAUGAAACCAAGCAACUACAAAUAUUGAAUUAAAUGUUUCCAUUUAUAAUGUCUUUAACUAAACGCUUGUUUAUUUAUAGUAGCUUCAACUUUUCAACCUGGCACGGCUUUCUCUUACAGAAUAAAAGCGGAUGAAACAUUAA